UUAGGGUUUACACUCUGCUCUCUUCCUCCUCCGCUGCUCCGAACGAGGUCGAGCGGCGGCGGCUACUGUCUCCAGGCCGGCUGUGCUCAAGGAAGCUGAAUUUGUUCUGUUCAAUGGAGGACCUACCGGAAGCUCUGGUGACAGAGAUUCUCAACAGGAUCACCACGACGAGUGAUCUGAAUUCUCUUUCCCUUGUGUCAAAGCAGCUCUACAAGAUAGAGGGGAAUCAAAGGGGUGCUAUCCGUGUUGGUUCUGGUCUUUGCACCGCUACAAAAGCCCUGACAUCGUUCUAUGCCCGGUUCCCAAAUCUACGGAAAGUGGAAAUCGAUUACUCUGGUUGGACACCUGAACAUGGAAAUCAGUUGGACAACGAAGGCCUUUCUGUGUUUUCAUCUCACUGUUCCUCGCUGAUUGACCUCACCUUAAGCUUCUGCUCAUUCAUCGAUGACUCUGGGCUUGCUUGUUUAGCUUAUUGCAAGACAUUGGUGUCUCUCAGGCUCAACUCCGCACCAAAAAUAAUGUCAUUUGGGCUUUUCUCGGUUGCAGUUGGCUGCACAAAUCUUUCUGCUCUCCACCUUACUGAUUGCGAUGAAAUCGACAAUGUAGAGUGGCUGGAAUACCUUGGUAGGAAUGGAUCGUUGGAAGAGCUUGUAGUGAAGAAUUGCAAAGGAAUCAAUCAUCAUGACUUCCUAAAGUUUGGUCCAGGAUGGAUGAAGCUCCAAAAGUUUGAGUUUGAGAGGAAAAGAGGAAGAUAUGAUAGUCUUAUAGCCAUAGGUGAUGAGGUCUAUGACUCCUCGUACGAUGCUCACAGCAUGGAUAUAUAUGAUUUCUGCUGUGAGAGUUUGAUGGAUCUAAGGUUGGCGCAUAUUGAAACUUGGCCAGAAGUAGGACUUCGUGUUGUCCUAGGGAAGUGUAAAGCAUUGGAGAAGCUUUGCCUUGAGUAUGUUCGUGCCCUAAAUGACAAUGACAUGAUUGCAUUAUCUCGGAGCUGCAGCAACCUUAAAAGCAUCACACUUUGGCUUAAGCUGGAGCGCUUCUCGAGUGAUGUCAGCUAUUGUGAAAGCAGGACGUCAUUUACUGAUAACAGCCUUUACGCUCUAGCCCUAAACUGUCGUAAGCUUCAGAUGGUAGACCUCAGGUUUACAGGAUGUUCCCGUGACUGGCCAUCAGAAAUAGGGUUCACACAGCAGGGUUUUUUGGUGCUCAUUCAGUCCUGCCCGAUUCGUGUUCUCGUGCUCAACAACGCCAACUUCUUUGAUGACAGGGGGAUGAAGGCCCUCUCAUCCUCACCACAUCUGGAGACACUCGAGCUUAUAUUGUGUCAUGCGGUAAAUGAUGUUGGGAUGCGCUUCAUUGUGCACACCCCAUGCUUGAGUAGUCUCACACUUCGGGCGUGUCAUAAGGUGACUGAUGUAGGAGUGGCUGAACUGGGACGUGCACAUAAGUUAGAGUCUUUGGUCAUUGAGCAUUGUGGUAGGGUCUCUUUGCAAGCUGCACAGGGUGUUGCCAAGUCAGUUCACUACUCCAGCAAAUGUUCAGAUGCCCUGAAGAAGAAACUUGGUUUUUCAGUAUGAAUUUGCUGCUGAAGUCAUUAUUAAGUUUUCGAUUGUGCACCAUUGGACAAGGCUGGGCAUCAUCCGACCAGAUUUACUGUUCUGAACUUUUUGUUGCCUUAUUACCUUUACUGCAAUUUAUGAAUGAUGAAUUCUGGAUGGUAACUGAUUAUUGAAACUUUAAUAGUAGGCACCACUUGUGUAUUACUAUCAACCGUAAUUCUGGUUGCUUAGUUUCUAUUCUCUAUAGCCGCUUCGAAACCGUCAUAAGUAUGCCCCAAGAUUCCCCGUCUUCGCUGUGGAAGCACUAUAUGACCGUUUGGUGUUAUUUGUAUUACUUAAGCUGUUAAGCAAAUGUCAUUGACCCUUUUUUAUUACGGAAGUGAUUUUGAGCA